AUGAAGGUCUUCAAUAUUGGAUGUGCUGACCCUAAGUUCUUCAAGAAGGUCUCCAAGUUCAAGGCUAACUCGUACUAUCUGUGUUUCGACAACCUGGCUCUUGGCAACAACAUAGCUAUUGGCUAUGCUGUUGGCAUGGUGAUCAGAGCGCACACGGAGAACAACGGGGAGUUCCAGUUUGGUGCCACGUCGUUAUACGGCAAAGGCAUUCACCUUGAGCUGCUUGGCAAGGCUGAUAAUGCUCGACUGGGUCCUUUUGUUCUUCGUGCAAUGGACUACCAGGAAGCAACGAUCGCCACUGGUGAAACUGCGCUCUUGAAGAAUGAUGAGCUUGUUAGCCAGGGUUGCUUCUGGGCACACUCUGCGUUGCACAACCCUGAACGUGCAAGUACCAUGACACCUCGGCCUAAAAGGUCAAUCUCUGGUCCUGUCCCGAAGAGCAUCCACCUCAGCUCAGAUGAGGACGACGAGGAAGUGGGUUCCUCUAGUCGCUCUGUGCGGCAGUCUGAUCCCAUCAAGGAUCUGAGUGACACGGUGAAGUCGUAUCACUCGCCCGAUGCCACCUACCCAGUUUGGGACGCCACUGCGCACUUCCAGAAGGAAGACAGAGUCGAGAGCUAUCUCCUCAACCAGCCUCAGUUGCUCCCUCGCUGCCUUCCUGGUGAGGGUGGUGAACCACUCCAGCCUCACGAUCUGGCUGUCGUCUACUUCACCUGCAACUCUUACUCUAGUAAGAGUGGCAGUGACGACAAGCCUUCAAUUGGCUUCAACCUCUGCGGUGCAGUGAAGAUCGCCUCUCAUGUGUCGGUUGAGGAGAGCACCUAG